AGCCAGAGUCCACAAAGGUGUGUCUCCUCUCUGAGUACAGAGAAAAUAAGACAAGACAGAACAAUGGAGCCCCAGGAAAACUGGAAUACAUCUGAGAAAUCCAAGUUGUUGCAGCCUGGGCCACCACCAUACCAGGACCAUUAUGGAAACCCUCCUCCAGGGAGCUUUCAGAGCACCUCUGGUUAUCAAAGCCAGCCGUACGGCGCUCCAGGACCAUACGGCCAAGGACCGUAUCCAGGUCAUCCUGCUGUCACCGUGCAGCCGGCAGUUUAUUUGACCAACACCCCACUGGCCUAUCCGCAGCCAGAUUACCUGGGCUAUUCCAUCUUUACCCUGCUGUGCUGCUGCUUUCCUCUGGGCAUUGUUGCUCUAAUUUACUCCAUCAAUACUAGGAAUGCCAACAUGUCCGGACAACAACAAAUAGCAGAGAGAAACUCCAAAAUGGCGCGCACUGUUAACCAUAUUGCUCUUGGUAUUGGCCUUGCCGUCUUAGUGUCGUACACUAUCUACAUCAUUUUUGUGGUUGUUCCGCAUAAACAUCAAACAACACCUCCUUAACUGUCAGACAUAUCAGCUGGACAACAGGAAUGAGGGCUUUCCAAAAAUAACAUCAUAUAAUGUCACAAGUAUCAUUUUAUAACCACAUUGCGAUGCUUUUUAAACUACAAACUAAUGUGCAGUUUCAUAUGACUGACUAUGUUCGGCUCAUCUCUAAUGUAAAAUUAUUAAUGUGACUAAAACAUGCUUUAAAGUUGA